AUGGGUGAAGAGCCUAAAACGGAGAUGGAAGACACAAACACAGACACAAACAAAUCUGGGAGUUGUGCCACAAUUGAUGGGAGUUCUCUUCUAAAACCCAAACUCGAUAGUAUCAAAAAGUUGACAAUACUUCUAGAUUAUUUGCAGAAAGGAAUUGAUGAAAAUUGGGCCGCUGCCUUGGAACAUAACCCUGAAGCUUUUGCAAGGGUGGUUAUGUUGUAUGUGGACAUGGAGGUUAAUGGUUUCCCAUUAAAGGCAUUUGUUGACAAUGGAGCCCAAUCAACAAUAAUAUCAAAAAGUUGUGCUGAGCGUUGUGGAUAUGUACUGUUUUAUAUCUGA